CUACUGAAAAAGCACCGAGUUGCCCUAGCAACUCCACAGAACAGCCAAUCAGGAUGUAACCAGGGACGACCCUGCCUUUUUCCCUUUUUUUUCCUCCUUGUUGAGAGGAGCUCCAGAGGAAUCACAGCACAUCAACCUUAAUGGAGCGAUGCGGAUUAGGGAAAAGACCAAAACAAUGCAGAUAGAGAAAUAUAGCAAGUUUUGGACGCGCAUGCUGUAAUGAGCUUAUGUAGUGUCAUUAUCUUAGUGUUUUAGGUUAGAAAGAUUGUUCACACUAAAAAUGAAAGCAAACAGUGAUUUAGACUGAUGUAAGCGUCGCACAUUAGGGUCUUUAUUCCCAGGGACAUAACGCAAUUCCUCGACAGCAUCACAAAGAUCAGAACAAGCUGUACUCUGGGUGUGUGGGGGGAAAUCAAGCGAAAUGUCCAGUGAAAAUAAUCUCAGCUCUGGAGAUUGUGAUUAGAGGAAAGCAAGAACGAGUAAAGAUUUAAUAAAUACAUAUUUAAAAAAAAAAGAAAUAAAAAAGAUGCCGCUCCAGACUGAGCCAUGGAAGUGAGCGCGCGGUGAAGAUGAGCCACAGGAGCAGCCCAGCUAAAGCGUACGAUUUCCUGUUGAAAUUCCUGCUAGUGGGAGACAGUGAUGUGGGCAAGGGCGAGAUAUUGGCCAGUUUGCAGGACGGGGCUACAGAAUCUCCUUAUGGAUAUAAUAUGGGGAUUGACUGCAAAACCACUACCAUACUGCUUGAUGGGCGUAGAGUCAAGUUACAGCUUUGGGACACCUCUGGACAAGGGCGUUUCUGCACCAUAUUCCGCUCGUACUCCAGAGGAGCACAGGGUGUUAUCCUUGUAUAUGACAUUACAAAUCGUUGGUCCUUUGACGGAAUUGACAGAUGGAUUAAAGAGAUUGAUGAGCAUGCGCCAGGAGUUCCGAAGAUUCUUGUGGGGAACCGUCUGCACUUGGCAUACAAACGUCAGGUGACGACUGAGAAUGCCCAAGCCUUUGCUGAGCGACUGGGUGUCACAUUUUUUGAAGUCAGCCCUCUGUGUAACUUCAACAUCACAGAGUCCUUCACAGAGUUGGCACGCAUAGUUCUUAUGCGGCACGGCAUGGAGAGACUCUGGAGACCUAACAAAGUGUUGAGUCUGCAGGAUCUGUGCUGUCGAUCCAUCGUCUCCUGCACUCCUGUGCACCUGGUGGACAAACUCCCUCUUCCUGUUGCCUUAAAGAGCCACCUGAAGUCCUUCUCCAUGGCCAACGGCCUCAACGCCCGCAUGAUGCAUGGGCGCUCCUACUCCGUCAUAGCCAGCAGCGGCACAAAGAGGAACGGAACGAAGAAAUCCAAACUCAUCUACCCACCCCUGAGCCCAUCACAGAGCUGUACGAGGACCACGUGCAAGAUAUCGUAGUCUUGACUACACAGUCUUCACUAACAAAAUCAGUAAACAGUUCACUGCUCAAAGGGAACAGGGUUUUACUGAAGUGAGGGAUACUUUUUGGUGGCUAAGAGUCCGUAAUCCUUUCAUCAGAUACUUGGGAUGUGUCCGUCAUAUUUAUAACUGAAUGUGAUUGCGCAAAGAGAUUGAACAGACCCAUGAAAAGGAAUUAGUGUCAAGCCAUUACAUCACCAUAUUCUUCAUAUAUGUACAGAAUAAUUCAUCCUGUUUGUAAUUGAUGGGAUAAAAACAUAAUGGCACUGCUGUAUAGCUCUGAGGAUGUAAGCGGUCUUACUGAGACUCAGAUUAAGCACAGUGGCAGUGAACAAAGUCCCGUUUUGAAAUAUCUCUUUUUACAGUGGACCUAGUUGAUAAUACCAGCUUGUUUCUUACUCUUAUUCUAAUUCUCUUCAGGGUACAUGCAUUGAAAGAACGUCAGUGUUGAGAAAAAGCACCUCUUUGUAUUGUGUAUUUAAGUCAUGUUGUUUGAUACAAUGUUGUUCUUUUUCUUAAUUAUUGUUAUGCACCUGAACAGUGACCAGUAUUGUAAUAUUUUAUAUGGAGUGACACCAAAGACAUGGGAGAUCGAAGAACCUAAUUAAUGCUAACAUGACUUUUUGUUACCAAUUCAACACAACAAUUUCAAAUACACUGCAGAUCAACAGCAAUUCCUAACUAGCUAUUAGGUUCUUUUUCUUUUUAAUAAAAGCGUUACCAACCAGA